CUCAAGUCAAGAAAGGCACUGGUCUCUCAACUCAACUGACCUCCUCCUUCACUCGAUCCCCUUCUUUCGUUUUUACUUCAAACCACUUUCGUUGCUGAAAGGCCUGCAGUUGCCUGUCAUGCAUAUCAAAUACCUCCUCAUCAAUCUUUUCGCCCUGACCGUCUCGGUCAAGGCUCUCCCCGAUGCUGACAACGACUUCGGUCUUGAGGCUCGGGAUGACUCCGACGCUCUUCAGCAGCGCUGGGACUGUGGCCAUGACGCCAAGCAAGUCUACGGCAAGUGCGUCUGCAACGACAAGCAACUCACCUGGGACGGCAAGAAGUGCGUCUGCCCCAAGGGUACAACCUGGGAGUACGGCAAAUGCGUGCCUAACAAGCCCUAUUGCCACAAGCCUCAGACCUACAACCCUCACACCAAGAAGUGCGAGUGUCCCUACGGCACUGAGUGGAAGUAUGGAAAGUGCAUCCCCAAGUGUCCUCAUGGUCAGUCUUACGACAAGGAUCAUGGCAAGUGCGUCUGCCCCAAGGGCACUGAGUACAAGUACGGCAAAUGUAUCCCCAAGUGUCCCCACGGCCAGUACUUCGACAAGCACCAGUGGAAGUGCGUCUGCCCGACGGGUACAUCUUGGAAGUACGGCAAAUGCGUAAAGGACUGCCCCAAGGGACAAUACUACAACCACCACAAGGACAAGUGCGAAUGCAACAAGGGCACUGAGUGGAAGUAUGGC